AUGGCCUUCCGAGAUGAUCACGACCAAGAUCUUCAGAGGGGAAAAUGUAUUAAACCUGAAAUAUUGGAGGCAAUAGAGCAGUCAAGACUUGUGCUUGUGAUACUCUCUAAAAACUACGCUUCUUCUACUUGGUGCUUGGAAGAAGUUGCUAAGGCUGUGGAGUGCAAGGAUAUCAAUGAAGGAUCAGUGAUACCGAUCUUCUAUAAGGUUGAUCCAUCUGACAUACGAAAAUUGAGGGGAAACUUUGGGACAGGCUUUGCUAAAAUUGAGGAAGCUUAUUUGGGUGACAAGAGAGAUAUAAAGAAGUGGAAGGAUGCAAUGAGUAAAGUAGCUGGUCUUGCCGGAAUGGAAUUGAAAGAUGGAUAUGAGACCAAGUUUAUUCAGCAAAUCAUUGGAGAAGUCGAAAAUAAAUUAUGUCCUCGACUGUCCUGUGUUGUAGGCGAUCUUGUGGGAAUGCAUUCCCGUGUUGCAAAUGUAGUUGAAUAUUUAUUCUUAGACAAGAGUGAUGUACGUAGUAUUGGCAUAUGGGGAAUGGGAGGAAUAGGCAAAACAACUAUUGCACAAGCAGUUUAUGACAAAAUCCGAGGCCAAUUUAAUGAUGGAUGUUGUUUUCUUGCCAAUGUCAGAGAAAUUUCAAAAAAGCAUGGUAUGGUAUAUCUACAAAACCAGUUUCUCUGCGAUAUUCUCCAACAGGACAAUUUGAGAAUUAGGGAUGAUCAGAGAGGAGCGAACAUGAUAGAAGAACGACUGAAACAUAAAAAAAUUCUCAUUAUACUUGAUGACGUGGAUGAAAAGGAGCAAUUGGAAAAAUUAGCAGGAUGUCUUGAUUGGUUUGGACGUGAAAGUAGGAUCAUUAUAACAACCAGAGAUGAACAUUUGCUUUUCCAAUAUGGAGUAAAUUCCAUAUAUAGGGUGGAGGGACUAUCAUUUGAUGAGGCUCUCCAACUAUUUUGUUUGAAAGCUUUUAGAAGUAACCAUCCUCCGGCGGAGUUCAAUGAGCUCGUGAAGCAGGUUAUUGGAUAUGCUGGUGGCCUUCCUCUAGCCCUUGAUGUCUUAGGUUCCUUUUUGGCUCAUAGGAGCUUGAAGCAAUGGCGGAGUGCACUAGCUAGACUCAAAGAAUGUCCAGAAGGGAAAAUUUUUGACUGGCUUAGGUUAAGUUAUGAUGGACUACGGCAGAAAGAGAAGGAGAUUUUCCUAGAUAUUGCUUGUUAUUUCAAGGGAAAGGAGAAACCUUAUGUUACAGAAGUUCUGGAUAAUUGUGGCUUGUAUGCAGAUAUCGGAAUCGAAGUCCUUGUCAAUAGAGCUCUUAUCCAUAUCGUGGGCAACAAACUGUGGAUGCAUGAUUUGCUACAAGAGAUGGCCUGGGAAAUUGUUCGUCGUGAGUCUCCUGAAGAGCCAGGAGAACGAAGUCGAGUCUGGCUUUUUGAGGAUGUAUGCCAUAUUCUGUCAAAAAACUCGGGAACAGGAAAAGUCAAAGUCAUAGCCUUGCGAUCUGGGGACUAUAGAACAGUGCGCUUGAAUGGAGAGUCAUUCACAAACAUGACUAACUUAAGAAUUCUUGAUGUUUGUGCCAUCCACCUCUCUUUUGGUUUUAAGCACCUUUCAAAUGAAUUGCGCCUGCUAAGAUGGGACAACUGCAGUCUUAAAUUAUUUCCACCGAGUUUUCUUCCAAAGAAUCUUGUCGAACUCAAUAUGCGGGACAGCCUCCUUUGUAGCCUCUGGAAAGUGGAAAAGGUUUUAGAGAAGUUAAAAGUUAUCAACCUCAGUGGUUCCAAAUCAUUCGUGGAGACUCCAAACUUCAUAUAUGUCCCAAAUCUAGAGAAGCUAAUUCUCAAGAGUUGCAAAGCAUUAUCUCAAGUUCAUCCUUCAAUUGGAAAUCUGGAAAGACUCACUCUACUUGACUUGGGUGACUGUGAAAACCUCACGGAAUUUCCACAUAAUGUAGGUAAUCUAAAAGCUCUUAGAGUUCUUAAUCUUUCUGGAUGUUCAAAUCUUGAAGAAUUGCCUGAGAGCGUUGGGGGCUUAGAGUGCUUAGAGGAGCUUGAUAUUAGUGAAAGUGCCAUAACACAUCUCCCAUCAAGCUUGACGUUCUUACAAAAUCUGAAAAAGUUACGCUUUCAUGUUAGUAAAAGGAGGCCACAAAUUUCUUGGAGGAUAUUGACACGUACGCUAAGAAGAGCUCUGAACUCUAGGCGUCCGUGGUUGCCUUCAUUUUCAGGGCUAUCCUCUUUGACAGAGUUGGAUCUGAGUGGCUGCAAUCUUCUGGAAGGAGAAAUUCCCGGUGAUAUUGACUGCUUACCCUCCUUGAGGUCUUUAGAACUAGCCGAAAACAGUUUUACCACCCUACCAUCAAGCAUUGAACAUAUCUCUGGUCUGAAUUAUCUAGUACUAGAUAAUUGCAAAAAUGUUGAAGUGUUGCCAAGACUUCCAGAAAGCAUAAUCCUUGUGGAAGCUAAUAAGUGCCUCAUAAUGCAAAGGAUAUCAAACCCAUUCAUUAUAUGCACAGAACUUAUGUGGUGUCUCCAUGUCGGCAAUGUGAAAUACCUGAGUGGUUUAGCUACCGGGCGGUUGGACCUUUGUUGA